GAAUAGGUCCCAGUUAUUUGUAUCCACAGGGUAUCUCAGCGCGCUGGUGGUGAUUAUAACGCUAAUCUUUAGCAUUACGUUUACCCGUUUAACGCGUUUAAUGGGCUUUUAUUCGGAAAACCCGCAGUAUUAUUAGACACUGGGUUCUGUUUUACACGUGACAGCAGGCUCCUGUAGGGAUUUUUUUGAGGAUGUCAUACCCUCCUCCGCUCAACCGCCAGCAGAUCGGCAUCCCGCAGUUACCUCCCAGGAUCCCGCCUCCUCAGUAUGCGGGGUUUGCACCGACUGUCCCGCCAGGUACUCCCAUGAUCCCUGUUCACAUGGGCGUUGUGACCCCCACACCCACAGUUCUUGUCCCGACCACAGUCGCUGUAGCACAGAAGCCGAUGCUUCCAAAAAAGGAGCCUACCAUCAGAGCCAAGGACACAGACGACAGCGCAGGUCCCACCACCACUGUGUUUGUAGGCAACAUCUCUGAAAAGGGAUCUGACAUGUUGGUCAGACAGCUUCUAGCGAAAUGUGGUAUUGUUCUAAGCUGGAAAAGGGUCCAAGGUGCCUCUGGGAAACUUCAAGCCUUCGGGUUCUGUGAGUAUAAGGAGCCUGAAUCAACGCUGCGAGCCCUCAGACUUCUGCACGAGCUGCUGUUGGGUGAUAAGAAGCUGUUGGUGAAGGUAGAUGCCAAGACCAAGGCCCAGCUCGAUGAGUGGAAGGCCAAGAAGAGGAGUGCCAAUGGGGGAGCUAGCUCUAAGAACGGGGACGACGAUGAGGAGGAGGUUCUGGAUGAAGAAACCCUACGUCGGGACCAGGUUGUGAAGGGGGCGAUAGACCUCCUCAUCCGAGAGUAUGCAAGUGAGCUCAAUGCUCCGUCUCAGGAUGCAGACAGCCAACCUCGCAACAAGAAGCGGAAAGAGAAGAAAGAGGAGGAGGAUAUCAAUGCCAUGGAGAUGGAGGACGACAAGAGAGACUUGAUUUCCAGAGAAAUCAGUAAAUUCCGGGACACACACAAGAAACUUGAGGAGGAAAAAGGAAAGAAAGAAAAGGAGCGUCUGGAGAUCGAGAGGGAAAGGAGAGAGAGGGACAAAGAGCGGGAGCGCGAGAGGGAGCGCCGAGACCGCGAGAAAGAGAAGGAAAGGGAGAGAGAGAGGGACAAGGAGCGUGAAAGAGACCGGGAACGGGAGAGAGACCGGGAACGGGAGAGGACGAAGGAGAGAGAGAGGGAGCGGGAGAGGGAGAGGAGUCGAGACGUCAGUGAAGAUCGCAGCAGAUCGAGAGAGAGGACUAGAGAGGACAAAAAACGCGACCGUGAAGAAGAUGAGGAGGACGUGUACGAACGAAGGCGGCUCGAGAGGAGGCUUAGAGACAAGGAGGCGGCUUACCAAGAGCGGCUGAAAAAUUGGGAGAUCAGGGAGAGGAAGAAAUCUCGUGACUACAGCAAAGAAACGGAGAGGGAGGACGAGAGGCGUCGGGAAACGAUGAAAGAAGCCAAAAGACUGAAAGAAUUUCUUGAAGAUUACGACGAUGACAGAGACGACCCAAAAUACUACAGGGGCAGCGCUUUGCAGAAGCGACUCCGUGACAGAGAAAAGGAGACAGAGUUGGACGAGCGAGACCGGAAGAGGGAGAAGGAGGAGCUGGAGGAGAUCAGACAGAGGCUCCUGGCUGAAGGUCACCCUGACCCUGAUGCUGAGCUGCAGAGGAUGGAGGAGGAGGCAGAGCGCAGACGACAGCCUCCUCUGAAACUUGAACCUGAGGAGGACGUAAACCAGGAGAAGUCUCGCAAAGAUCGGGAUCGGGAGAAGAGAGGGUCGGGAAGACCCGCAGAGCCGAUGCCUCGAGCCCCUCCGCAGCAUUCGGAUGAUGAUGAGGAGGAAGGGGAAGAAGAUGACUAUCACGAUGGUGAGGACUCACAAGAAGCCAAGCUGCAAGUCAAACCCAUCAUGCGACCAAUCACCACCGCUCCCUCGGUGUCCUCGGCCAGUGGGAACGCGACUCCAAACACACCCGGCAACGAAUCUCCCUGCGGCAUCAUCAUUCCAGGUGAAAACACUCCUGAGGUCCAACCUCCGGAGGAGCACCGGCCCAAGAUAGGUCUCAGUCUCAAACUGGGUGCCACCAACAGUCCCAGCCAGCUCAGCGUAGGAAAGAGAAAGAAGCUGGCGACCGUUGAAAGCGUUUUCAACAAGUUUGAUGACGAGGAGGCCGAUGAGCAGCCUCGCAAAAGGAAACUGGUUCCACUGGACUACGGGGAUGACGACAAGAGUCUGGGGCUGGACGGGGCCGAAAUUUCAGGGGCCAAAGGUAGCAUCAACUCGGAGGAGAAACGUAAGCACAUAAAGAGCCUUAUUGAGAAAAUCCCCACCGCCAGGCCGGAGCUCUUCUCCUACCCUCUGGACUGGGCCAUGGUCGACUCGACUCUGAUGGAUCGACGCAUUAGACCGUGGAUCAAUAAAAAGAUUAUUGAAUACAUUGGCGAGGAGGAACCCACGCUGGUUGAUUUUGUCUGUUCAAAGGUGAUGGCACACAGCACCCCUCAGGGUAUUCUCGAUGAUGUUGCUAUGGUUCUUGAUGAAGAAGCAGAGGUCUUCAUAGUAAAAAUGUGGCGGUUGUUAAUAUAUGAAACAGAAGCAAAGAAAAUCGGACUGGUGAAAUAAAGAUCACGGGUCUCUGUGACUGACUUCCUUAAAAUCACAGUUCUGCUGUCGACAGUUUUCUGGUCCAGCAGGCUGUAGACAACACGUGCCCCUCCAUUCCAUCAGCAAGGAGCUGCUGCCUUGUAUGUGUGUGUGUUUGGGAGGGAAAGUCUGAGCUGUGAACAGAAGAGGUUUGCACAAACAUACUGCAUGAUAAAACUUUGGUUGUAUUUUUUUUCUUUGUUGAUGCUGUUGAGGCAGAAAACAGUUGCAAUACAGCGAUCUGUUAUUGAAAAUGUUGGACUCAUUCUGCUUUGAUUUACUGUCGUCAUGUUGAGGCACUGCUUCAUUGUGUGAACUAAUAAAUAUGCUUUUUUUUUAGAAAA